AUGCUCCGUCUUGUGCAGCGUCCCGCCGCUCGAUAUGGUUUAUGGCUGAAGCAGGAUGUGCGCGCAUACAGCGCGUUGUCGUCUUCCAUCAAGAUCUCGAGCGUGCCGGCGCCUCAUGCGGGAAGCAUUACCGUGCUGUCAUUGAACAGACCCGCGGCGAGGAAUGCUCUCUCCACCCAGCUGCUGUCCGAGUUGAAUGGUGUUGUCGAGGGACUGCAUCGUGAGGGCGGGAAGGGCAGCACGCGGGCUUUGAUUCUGGCGAGUGAGUCGGACGACGCCUUUUGCGCGGGUGCAGAUUUGAAAGAGAGAAAGGGCAUGAACCAGGAAGAAGUCCACGCCUUCCUGAAGACUCUCCGCAACACCUUCGCCCGCCUGGCACAGCUCCCAAUCCCUACCAUCUCCGCAAUCAACUCCACUGCAUUCGGCGGAGGCCUUGAGCUUGGACUCUGCACGCAGUUCCGUGUGCUUGCCUCGACAGCGACUGUCGCCCUCCCAGAGACUCGUCUAGCCAUCAUCCCAGGCGCCGGUGGGACAUACCGUCUACCUGCCCUCAUCGGGCCGACAAGAGCGCGCGACCUUAUCCUGACUGGGCGCAGGGUGACAGGCCCGGAAGCAUACUUCAUCGGACUCGCAGACCGGCUGGUGGAGAUUACAGAAGAGGAGCAGAAGAUACCGGGUGCUGCGAGAGGCAAGGUGAUGGGGACUGCCGUGAGCAUGGCGAGGGAUAUCUGCGAGGGCGGGCCUGUUGCGAUCGGAGCAGCGAUGCAGGCGAUUGAUGGAUGGGAGAAGGGCGAGGAAAGUGAGAAUAAGGCUUACGAGCUGACUCUGCCGACUGAGGACCGAAUCGAGGCGCUGAGGGCGUUUGGCGAGAAGCGGAAGCCUGUGUUUAAAGGCAGGUAG